UUAGGUAAAUCCUUCCACCACGAGACCACAACCCUUAUAAAUAAGGAUCUCAUAAAGUUAAAAGCAUUGAGUAUUAAUGAAUGUGAAUCUGAAUCCGAGUUUCCUUCGAUUUCUCAGAAUAACAGCUUGCGCGAAAGUUCCAUAUUCCUAUCAAAAACUUCAACAUUUACAAAUGCCAUGAAAAUGCCAAAUGCAUACUAAAAUUAUUGCGAAUAAUAUUUUAUUUUCUUAGUAAUAUGCCGUACGGGAUAAUGAGACAGUUACUUUCAAACGAAUAUGAUGAUUUGUACGACACGAUACUUAUUGAGAGUUAUUUUAAUGAGACGACACGAAUGGGGAAGCCCCUGCAACCUGUGAUAGUCGGGCUAACUCCAACCAAAUUAGUAAUCGCAUGCGCCAAGAUAUUCAAAAGCGGCCAUUGGGGCCGGCCAAACCAAGCAUGGAGCCACCACCAAAUGGGAAAGUGGGAAAUCACGUCACUAACUGAAAACAUGGAAGUAGAGUUAAACUCAAUGUGCCCGUUAGACUCAGUCAAUUUGAGCAUCUUCAAGUUUACAUCUAGACAGUCUCUGAAAGCUAAAUUCAUCAAUAACAAAUGCCGCUAUUUCGAACUUGGAGCUAUUGAAAAACGAAAGAUAUUCUGGAAACUGUGGUGUUUGCAUGUUGGAGAACUGAAUAGUUCUUCCAGGUUAUGGCCUUACAAGGAAAGUGAUUCUGGAAUGACCCCAUGUGAACCGGACAAGGAUUCGGCCAAGUACAGCACUGAGACACAUGAAGAAUGUAAAAAGACAGGCCGGUGGCUGGACAAAUAUUUGUAUUUGGGUUCAAAGAGGGUGGCAGACGACGAUUUGUUCACGCCUGUCGCUUUGCCGGGCCUCGGGAACCUAGAGUUCCUGUACAAGAACCAGUUGCUAAGUUUCUCUGACACCUCUGAGGAUGGGAAGGUUUCUCUGAACAGGAGCCUGUCCAACGAGUGCUACUCGUGCACCUAUAGCGGGGAGCCCACAUCUAACGUGACUUACACGUCCCUCAUGACCACGGUUAGUGUCGUUUCGUUUGUUGUUUUGUACAGGUUUGUAGAUUUUGUAAUUUUACCACAGAGAUACGGAGAAAUAAUUAAAAUUCAAAUACUUAGUACCUAAGCAUUGGGUGACUCU